AAAAAGUUGACGAUUAGAAGGCAAAUCACAUCAAAGACGAUCCGAGAACAUCACUGUCAAGAUGAGGAUUGAGACGUGUUACUUCUGCUCGCAACCUUGCUACCCAUCGAAGGGUAUAACCUUCGUGCGUAACGAUGCUCGAGUCUUCAGAUUUUGCCGCAGUAAAUGCCACAAGAACUUCAAAAUGAAGCGCAACCCUCGAAAGCUGAAAUGGACCAAAGCCUUCCGCAAGUCCGCCGGCAAAGAAAUGGUCGUCGACAGCACACUCACCUUCGCCGCGCGCCGCAACGUUCCCGUCCGUUAUAACCGCGACUUGGUUGCAUCAACACUCAAGGCCAUGGAGAGAGUUAGCGAGAUCCGAGCUAAGCGUGAGCGAGUCUUCUACAAGAAGAGAAUGGCAGGCAACAAGGAGCGCGAAAGAGAGGCGAACAGGAAGUUGGUUGCAGAGAAUGAGCACUUGUUGCCGAAGAUGAGAGCUAGUGAGAGGAAGGCUCUCGAGGAGAAUGGAGAGGAGGUUGAGGAGCUGCCUUUGGAGAGAGAGAAAAGCAAGGUGUUUGGCAAGAUGAAGCAAAGAAGGAAGGUGUUGGUCGAUGGAGGUGUGGAGGACGAGAUGGAUAUGGACUGAGUUGUUAUAAGACGAGACUGUAUUUCUGGCAUUUUGUGGCGUUCUGGAAUGGUCAAAAAGGCGUUGGUCUGGGCAGCAUUAUUGCGACAAUACAGAUGAACGACUUUCUAUGCCCGUUCUUUUCCUUCUUGGAAUCAUUCGUCUCUUGGUCGGAUUCGUAUUCUUGAGAGAAGGAUCCAAUGAUAUGGACCUUGAAGAUGAAUGCAAGGGCGCAGUAUCCAGGACCGGGUCUAGAUCUAUUCAAGAAGGCAAUUGGGCAGGUUCUAGCUCUGAACACGACUUCCAUAGAUGCUGUAUCUUUGUUGGGAGAGCCAUCAAGCG